CGGACAAAUCUCCACCUAUAAAGUGUCUGUUUGUUCCAAGUCUCCUUGAUUUUUAAGCUAAAAUAUUUGCCUUGCUCGAAAGGAAAAAUGUCCGGCGUGAGGGUUCAGGGUUUAUCCUCUCUCUUCAGCAAAUCCGUUCGAGCAGGUAUAGUGGCCUCUCGAAUACAGAACGACGGACUCGCCAAUUUAACGCAAUCGCAAUACAGCAGAACGUUUUCCACAUUACCUGCAAGAGGCCUCAAUGGUGGAGAAGGAGAGGAGAGGAGAUGGUCAAGGGGGCCUCUGGUGGCGGCGGGGGCAUUUUCUUUUUCCUUUGCGGCCUCAUCCUCCUUCUCCACUGCGGUUGCCAAGGAGCGCCCGCUGCAUGAAUUCGUUCCCAAGGAGCUUGUUCUUUACCAGUACGAGGCCUGCCCUUUCUGCAAUAAAGUUAAAGCUUUUCUGGACUACCAUGAUUUGCCAUACAAGAUAGUUGAGGUAAAUCCAAUCAGCAAGAAGGAAAUAAAAUGGUCUGAUUAUAAGAAAGUGCCAAUAUUGGUGGUUGAUGGGGAGCAACUAAAUGAUUCAUCAGCAAUAAUUAAUAACUUAGAUGAGCGAAUUCAUCCCAACAAGGAAAGAUUGCCUACAAAGGAUACAGAAGAGGAGGAAAAAUGGCGCAGGUGGGUGGAUGAACAUCUUGUACAUGUAUUGUCACCAAAUAUUUACCGGAGCGUUUCGGAGGCUCUUGAAUCCUUUGACUAUAUUACUACAAAUGGUAAUUUCACAACUUUGGAGAGAUUGACUGGCAAGUAUGUAGGAGCAGCAGCCAUGUAUUUUGUCUCAAAAAAGCUUAAGAAAAAGCAUAAUAUCACAGAUGAGCGUGCAUCCCUAUAUGAAGCUGCAGAAACUUGGGUGAAAGGCCUUAAUAGUAGGACGUUUAUGGGUGGUUCUAAACCGAAUAUGGCAGAUCUGGCUGCCUUUGGAGUGUUAAAACCCAUACGACAUUUACAGGCUGGAAAAGAUAUGAUAGCAAGCACAAACAUUGGGCCUUGGUACUCUAGAAUGGAACUGGCCGUUGGUGGGACCACGGCAAUCAGGGAUUGAAAAUCUCAUCCUGUUUGAGAAGCCUGAGUGAAAUCUAGUGCUUCAGCUCUUUGUAGUCUAUAUGUGCUCAGCAAUUCUUUGGGCGAUUUCAAAAUUUUGGACUAAAUUUUUUUUCCCUAGCUUAUUUUGCAAUUUGCAUCAGAAUAUAGGUAGUACUAAUUUGAAUUUUGAGGAGAGCUCAUUCUUCAACUCAUCUCUUUUUUAAGAGAACAAUAAAGCACAACUGUACUUCUCGUGGGAAGUCUUUCUAGUCUUUUUCUAGGGUUGUGUUCCAUGCAAUUGUGUGGUAUUAUCUGGUGAUGAAAUUUUCAAACAGCAACAGACUAGUUCUGAAUGAUACGGGCAUAGAUGUUACUUAAA